GGCAGCAGAGGCAGGGAGAAGAGAAGAGAGAGCUCCAACUCUCGAUCAGUGAGACAGACAGACAGACAGGCAGGCAGACAAGGCAGGGCGGACUGACUGACUCCCAGACGCACUGGCUGGACCAUCAGCAUGGACCGGAUCAGGACAGAGAAGCCCGUGUCCGGAUGAGACAGGACGGCCUGGCUGCUCCUGCUCAUUGUGGGGACUCUGCUGUAGAGACGUGGAAUAACCGACAGCCCUUUGGGAGAUUUAACCCCGCGCUACCCGGCAUGGAUUAUUUACACUCCUCUCAUUCCCCGAUUCUUCUCCUCUUCUCUCCCUCCUCCUUUCCCUCCUCCAUCACCUCCACCUCCUCUCCAUCCUCUCACAUUUUGACACGCUGCUGCUGAAGAUGCGCACGAAUGCGUCUUUUGCGCACUUCCACUGACAGCGGCGCAUCGUAACAUUUUUUUGAAACCUUCUUCUUCUUCUUCUUCUUCUUCUUCAUUUUUCCCCUCCUUUCUUUUGUUUGUUUGCUGCCUUUUUUUGUGUGUGGAUUUUCUGGAGGAGAGGUGGAGAGGAGUCGCCGGAGGAAAAGGAGCGCAAAGGUGUGAAUUGGAUCGAACGCGGCGGUGCUGGUUUCAUGUUUCUCGCCUAGGGCCCGGAUGUACCGAGGGAUGCACCGGUGCGUUCUCCCAACCGGUUCCGCCGAAAGCUCCCUCUUUUUUCUCGCCUUCACCUCCAUCAUGGGAAUUAGGUAAUAUUCACUCCAUGCGAAGAGACCCUCCCCAUUAAAAAAAUAAAUUAAAAUAAAUAACGGAAUAUCCCCCCCAAAAAACACUGUCCGUGUCAGACAGUUGUUCCUUCUGCCCCCCAUCUCUUGUUUGAAUUCUUUAUUUUUGGGGGGGCUCCCCCCCCCUCUUAUUUUCCUUCGUCCUCCCAUUCACCUAUAAGGAUAACGCCGGACUACAUUUAUGGUAAAUGAAAGCAAAAACAUGUACAUCCCGGAGGACACCCUUGAGAACCAUCAAGGCUCCGACUACUCUCCUCCUCCCCCUCUUCCCCGCCCCCCGCCGGCCGGCCUGGCAAACGAGCACAGGGCCGGCGGCAGCCACGGCGACCACAGCGGAGGAGGAGGGGGAGGGGCCAACCACGGGGUGGGCGUGGUUGGCCUCGCCCCAGAGCACAUCCCCACGCCGGGCGCGGCCCUGAGCUGGCAGGCGGCCAUCGACGCGGCGAGGCAAGCCAAGAUGAUGGGCAACGCCGCGUCGGGCGGAGGGGCGGGGCUCGGGGUGGGAGGGGGCGGGCCCAUUUCCACGGCCAGCUCCACGCAGAGGAAGAGACAGCACUACACUACCAAACCCAAGAAGCAAACCACGACGACAGCCACGAGGCCGCCACGGGCCCUGCUCUGUCUCACACUCAAGAACCCCAUCCGAAGGGCCUGCAUCAGCAUCGUCGAGUGGAAACCAUUUGAGAUCAUCAUCCUGAUGACCAUAUUCGCUAACUGUGUGGCCUUAGCUGUGUACAUCCCUUUCCCUGAGGAUGAUUCCAACGCCACCAACUCCAACCUGGAGCGUGUGGAGUAUCUGUUCCUAAUCAUUUUUACAGUGGAGGCGUUCCUCAAGGUAAUAGCUUACGGCCUGCUCUUCCACCCCAAUGCCUACCUGAGAAACGGCUGGAAUCUGCUCGACUUCAUCAUCGUAGUUGUAGGGUUAUUCAGUGCAAUUUUGGAGCAGGCCACAAAGGGAGACGGGGCCAAUCCUAUUGGAGGGAAGACGGCGGGCUUCGAUGUCAAGGCAUUGAGGGCGUUCAGAGUACUCCGACCCCUUAGACUGGUCUCUGGAGUACCGAGUUUACAGGUAGUGUUGAACUCCAUAAUCAAAGCCAUGGUUCCCCUGCUCCAUAUUGCCCUCCUGGUCCUCUUCGUCAUCAUCAUCUACGCCAUCAUCGGCCUGGAGCUCUUCAUGGGAAAGAUGCACAAGACCUGCUUUCACAACCAAACAGUUGCCAUGGCAGAGGAAAAGCCGGCGCCGUGCGCACCCGACGGAGCUUACGGCCGGCACUGUACGCAGAACGGAACCAAGUGCCAAAUGGGAUGGGUGGGUCCAAACGAGGGGAUCACCAAUUUUGACAAUUUUGCCUUUGCCAUGCUGACAGUGUUCCAGUGUAUAACCAUGGAAGGCUGGACGGACGUGCUUUACUGGAUGCAGGAUGCUAUGGGCUAUGAGCUGCCAUGGGUCUAUUUUGUCUCUCUCGUCAUCUUCGGCUCUUUUUUCGUUCUCAACCUUGUUCUGGGUGUGUUGAGCGGAGAGUUUUCCAAGGAAAGAGAGAAGGCCAAGGCACGUGGUGACUUCCAGAAACUUAGAGAAAAACAGCAACUGGAAGAAGACCUCAAGGGCUAUUUAGACUGGAUCACUCAGGCAGAAGACAUYGACCCAGAGAAUGAAGAGGAGGGCUUAGACGAUGACAAACCCAGAAACCUGAGCAUGCCGGCCAGUGAGAAUGAAUCGGUGAACACCGAUAACGCCCCCGGGGGAGACGUGGAGGGGGAGACCUGCUGCACCAGGCUGGCAAAUAGGAUCUCCAAAUCCAAGUUCAGUCGCUACUCUCGGAGGUGGAACAGGUUGUGUCGGAGGAAGUGCCGYGCAGCAGUCAAGUCGCAGGUGUUUUAUUGGCUGGUCAUCUUCCUGGUUUUCCUCAACACGCUGACCAUUGCUUCUGAACAUCACCAGCAGCCGCAGUGGCUAACUGAUGUGCAAGACAUUGCUAAUAAAGUUUUAUUGGCACUCUUCACCGGUGAGAUGCUGCUGAAGAUGUACAGUCUCGGCCUACAGGCAUACUUUGUGUCACUCUUCAAUCGGUUCGACAGCUUCGUAGUGUGCGGGGGCAUCCUCGAGACCAUUCUGGUCGAAACAAAGAUCAUGUCUCCUCUCGGCAUUUCCGUGUUACGUUGCGUACGCUUGCUCAGAAUCUUCAAAAUAACCAGAUACUGGAACUCUCUUUCCAACCUGGUGGCCUCGCUGCUCAACUCGGUGCGCUCCAUCGCCUCCCUGCUGCUCCUGCUCUUCCUCUUCAUCAUCAUCUUCUCGCUGCUGGGCAUGCAGCUCUUUGGGGGGAAGUUCAACUUUGACGAGACCAGGCGAAGCACCUUCGACAACUUUCCGCAGUCUCUGCUCACCGUGUUUCAGAUUCUAACAGGAGAGGACUGGAACUCUGUUAUGUAUGAUGGUAUCAUGGCGUAUGGGGGUCCGUCUUUUCCUGGCAUGCUGGUCUGCAUCUACUUUAUCAUCCUCUUCAUCUGCGGAAACUACAUCCUGCUGAAUGUCUUCUUGGCCAUCGCUGUAGACAAUCUGGCAGACGCAGAGAGUCUCACAUCGGCCCAGAAAGAAGAGGAGGAGGCGAAGGAGAGGAAAAAACUAGCCAGGCUCGCCAGUCCAGAAAAGCGCCAGGAAAACGAAAAGCCACCUCUGGAGGAAAAGAAAAGCGAGAAGAUAGAGCUGAAGUCCAUCACCUCUGAUGGGGAAACCAACACAGCGACAAAGAUAAACAUGGACGACUGCUGUGGAGAUGAAAGUGAAGAGAAGAAUCCUUAUCCUGCUAAUGAUUAUAUUGGCGAUGAGGAUGAGGAUGAGCCAGAGAUGCCCGUUGGUCCGAGGCCCCGCCCACUUUCUGACAUUCAGCUUAAAGAGAAGGCUGUUCCGAUGCCUGAGGCGCGCGCAUUCUUCAUCUUCAGCCACACCAACAAGUUCAGGGUUCUGUGCCACAAGAUUGUCAACCACAACAUCUUCACCAACCUCAUCCUCUUCUUCAUCCUGCUAAGCAGCAUCAGUCUGGCAGCAGAGGACCCCGUCAAGAACGACUCCUUCAGAAAUCAGAUCCUGGGCUAUGCAGAUCAUGUCUUCACUGGACUCUUCACCAUAGAGAUCAUUUUAAAGAUGACAGCAUAUGGAGCCUUCCUCCAUAAAGGAUCAUUCUGCAGAAACUAUUUUAACAUCCUGGACUUAGUUGUGGUCAGCGUUUCCCUCAUCUCUUCUGGAAUCCACCUAGACUUCUCGAAGUCCAGUGCAAUUAACGUGGUGAAAAUCCUGAGAGUCCUGCGAGUUCUUAGACCACUGAGAGCCAUCAACCGGGCUAAAGGACUAAAGCAUGUGGUGCAGUGUGUGUUUGUGGCCAUCAGGACCAUCGGCAACAUCGUCAUCGUCACCACGUUGCUCCAGUUCAUGUUCGCCUGUAUUGGAGUGCAGCUGUUUAAGGGCAAGUUCUUCUACUGUACCGACAGCUCUAAGCAGACUCAGGCGGAUUGCAGGGGUUCUUAUAUCCUGUAUAAGGACGGGGAUGUGACGAAGCCUGAAAAGGCUCUGAGACUCUGGGAGAACAGCGAUUUCAACUUUGACGACGUCCUGCAAGGAAUGAUGGCUCUGUUCGCUGUGUCCACUUUUGAGGGCUGGCCUGGGUUACUGUACCGAGCCAUCGACUCCCACGCGGAGGACGUCGGCCCCAUCUACAACUACCGCGUGGUCAUCUCCAUCUUCUUCAUCAUCUACAUCAUCAUCAUCGCCUUCUUCAUGAUGAACAUUUUCGUCGGUUUCGUCAUCGUCACAUUCCAGGAGCAAGGAGAACAAGAGUAUAAGAACUGUGAGCUGGACAAAAACCAGCGUCAGUGUGUGGAGUACGCCCUGAAGGCUCGCCCUCUGCGCCGCUACAUCCCCAAGAACCCUUACCAGUACAAGGUGUGGUACGUGGUCAACUCCACCUACUUUGAGUACCUGAUGUUCACACUCAUCCUCCUCAACACCAUCUGUCUGGCUAUGCAGCAUCAUGGGCAGACCAAAAACUUUAACGAUGCAAUGAACAUCCUCAACAUGCUCUUCACCGGACUGUUUACAGUGGAGAUGAUCCUUAAGCUGAUYGCCUUCAAACCCAGGGGGUACUUUAGUGAUCCCUGGAAUGUGUUUGAUUUCCUCAUCGUAAUUGGCAGCAUUAUAGACGUCAUUCUCAGUGAGAUCAACGGUCUUCAGAACUCUGAGGAGAAUGCCAGGAUCUCCAUCACCUUCUUUCGGUUGUUCCGUGUGAUGAGGCUGGUGAAGCUGCUGUCUCGUGGGGAGGGGAUUCGGACACUGCUGUGGACCUUCAUAAAAUCCUUCCAGGCUCUGCCCUAUGUAGCUCUGCUUAUAGUGAUGCUCUUCUUCAUAUACGCCGUCAUUGGCAUGCAGAUGUUUGGUAAGAUAGCUCUGCGGGACCACACGCAAAUCAACAGGAACAACAAUUUCCAGACAUUCCCUCAGGCCGUGCUGCUGCUCUUCAGGUGUGCGACAGGUGAGGCGUGGCAGGAGAUCAUGCUGGCAUGUUCACCCAAUCGGCCGUGUGAGAAGGGCUCCACCAAUGAAAACAGCACAGCCAGCGAGGACUGCGGCAGCCAGUUUGCCAUCAUUUACUUUGUCAGCUUCUACAUGCUUUGUGCCUUCCUGAUCAUCAACUUAUUUGUGGCUGUCAUCAUGGACAAUUUUGACUACCUGACGCGUGAUUGGUCCAUUCUGGGGCCGCACCACCUUGACGAGUUUAAGCGAAUCUGGGCGGAGUAUGACCCAGAAGCUAAGGGGAGGAUAAAACACCUGGAUGUGGUCACUCUGCUCCGGAGAAUCCAACCUCCUCUUGGCUUCGGAAAGCUCUGUCCACACAGGGUGGCUUGCAAGCGGCUGGUGUCGAUGAACAUGCCUCUGAACAGCGAUGGAACCGUGAUGUUUAACGCYACACUGUUUGCUCUGGUCAGAACAGCACUCAGGAUCAAAACAGAGGGUAAUCUGGAGCAGGCAAAUGAAGAACUGAGGGCAAUUGUGAAAAAGAUCUGGAAAAGAACCAGCAUGAAGCUUUUGGAUCAAGUAGUGCCCCCUGCUGGCGAUGAUGAGGUGACAGUCGGAAAGUUUUACGCCACCUUCCUCAUCCAGGAAUAUUUCCGCAAGUUUAAGAAGAGGAAAGAACAGGGACUGGUGGCCAAGGUGCCCCCCAAAACUGCCCUCUCUCUGCAGGCGGGCCUGCGGACAUUGCACGACAUCGGUCCAGAGAUCAGGAGGGCGAUCUCUGGAGACCUGAACGUGGAGGAGGAGCUGGACAAAGGCUUGAAAGAGCCUGUGUCUGCAGCAUCCGAGGACGAUAUCUUCAGGGUAAAGCGUUCUGGUGGCCUGUUCGGCAACCACGUCAACUACUACAACCAGAGUGACGGCCGAGGGUCCUUCCCGCAGUCCUUCACCACCCAGCGUCCCUUGCACAUCAGUCAAAAGGGCUCCCCGUGCAAAGGAGAAAGCCCGUCUCAUGAGAAACUGAUGGACUCCACCACCUUCACCCCUUCCUCUUACUCCUCAUCGGGCUCCAACGCCAACAUCAACAACGCCAACAACACCGGCGUAACGAGCGUGACAACCCAAGGGGUCAGUCGAUUCCCGAGCCCGUCUAUAAGCACUGUGGACGGCCACAGCGGGCAACCCCUCACCCCCAUCCUGCUGCCCAAAUCUGCAUGGUGCUUCCCUCCAAAGAGCUCGGAGUCGAGUGACAGUCAUCUGCCAAUCAUCCAGAGAGGGGAGGGCUCCACAGAGGAGACGUACGAUGAGAGUUAUGGUGACGACAGGGAAUACCAGGAAGAUGACCACUCACUUUCUUCUGACAUGUUGGUGUAUCAUGAUGAAACAUGCAAACAGCUGGCUCCCAUGGAGGAAGCGGAGGAGGUCGAGGAGCAAAGAGGAGGACGAGGAUGGCAGUCUCCGCGAAGAGUCUUCCUCUGCCCAACAACUCUGGGUCGGAGAGCGUCCUUCCAUUUGGAGUGUCUCAGGAGGCACUCGAGACCAGAUAUCUCCCAAAAGACAGCUGUACCCUUACAUCUUGUACAUCAACAAGCUCUGGCAGUAGCAGGUUUAAGUCCUCUGCUGAGAAGGAGCCACUCACCCACUCUCUUCAGCCGGCUGUGCUCCACGCCUCCAGCCAGCCCCACAGCUCAAUGUAGUGAUGCCUCCUACCAGCGAGUUCCCUCGCUGAGGCUAGAGGGCGCCAACUCUCAUGAAAAGCUCAACGCCAGUUUGCCUUCUGUCAACUGUGGGCCCUGGUACAGCGACAGUAAUGGGAACAGCCCAGUAUCCAGCCCCAGCCCCACACCGAGCGUGUCGGGUCAAAGAGCACCRCGGCCGGUGUCGCUAACGGUGCCCUCGCUUCUGGGGAAAGACUCCAGUUCGCUGUCGCACGGCAGYGCAGGCAGUCUAGUGGAAGCGGUUCUAAUAUCAGAAGGUUUGGGUCAUUUCGCCCAGGACCCGUCGUUCAUCGAGGCGACCAAAGCCGAGCUGGCGGAUGCUUGCGACAUGACCAUUGAGGAGAUGGAGCACGCCGCCAACAACAUUCUCAACACAACCACCAAYGCCACACCCAGCGCCUCUUCCACCUCUCAGCACAGCCCCAACGGCAGCCUCCCCUUCCACAGAGCAGCAGCAGCGACACACAGGGACCGAGCCGGCGGCUCAAGCCCCGCAGAGGACGUGGCCGAGGCCGGCGGGAGCCGAGGCUACGUCCACGGGCCGUCCUCUAUAGAGGAGCGUCAGGAGCUGCUAGCCCCGGGGAGUGGGCGGGAGGAGGAGGAGGAGGAAGCAGGAGGGAGGGAAGAAAGGCAUCACAGAAGUCCAGCCGUGAUGGCGGGAGCGCUGCAGAGGAACAGCGAGCUUUUAGAGGACGAGGAGUGUGUGACGAGCUUGUAGGCGUCAGCUGAUCAGGUCUGAUGAGCGAGCGGGCCCCUCUGGCGACGUCAGAGUCGACGGCCCGCCGGUGCUGGUGCACAGUGCCACGGCUGGCUCUGUUUGUCCCCACGCCUCACACACACUCACCUACUCUGUCGCUUCGGACAGUGGCGGCCAGCGAUGCAACCUUCAACACAUGGUUACGACUCUGUUGGUUUAACUGAGUCAGUAUGUGUGUGAACGUUUGCAGUGGACUAUAUCCGAUCUGACUGAAUGCUAGUGUGUGUGGAUUUUUUUUUGUGUUUGUACUUGUGUGUGUGUGUGUGUGUGUAUGUGUGUGUGUGUGUGUUCACCACACGUGUCUGAGUGUGGCUCUAAAGUGCCUCACAGUUUUUUCAUGUCCUCAAAGUGUGAAGAAGCAGGAAGGUCGAGACAAGCAAAAAAAUAAAACAAAGACAAAAUGAAAGGAAGGUAGACAAGACACAGUGGCAGGAAGUCUUUAUAUGGAUUUCCUUCAAACGGUAUUAAUGUUUUCAUUUCCUAUGCCUACUUCGGUGGUGUGUUAUUGUUGUUUGUCUGGCCGCCAUGAUGCCAGGUAGGGGACAGCAAACCAGCUUGUGAAGGAGUCAGUAAAGGAUCACCUUCUGACCAAAACCCACUCGAGGUCAAAGGUCAACUCCUUUUUUUUAGCUGAUGAUGAAGCGCUGUAUUGUGUAAAACAGGGACAAGACAAACCCUGUUUGAAAUCUCGUUUCUCCUCCUCUUCCAAAGCUACGGAACCUUGGAGCACAGCCCUGCCAGCACRGGAGUGGAAUUACGGUGACGUGCCGCCGCCCCCGCGGCCAAGUGGGGGUGGGGGAGGAUCUGAGGGAUGGUUCAACAGCCAGAGGAGGGCUGCUACGGGGGGGACGCAGGCAGAGAAAAACACUUCCUAGCCAACAGGGAACUWGCUUUUAUUUUUAUUUUUUUAUUUCAUCCCCGUUGGUCAGUAAGACUCCAUCAAGACUCGCCUCGUCCGUCACCUUGACCCGGCUUCACCCCGCCUCCGACCUUUUCUUUGUUUGGCCACACCCCCUUGCUGCCCCAAACAGGAAAUGAGCGGAGCGUUUGAUGGCUCUGUAGCGAUAGCGAGCCCCCUUCUCUGCCUCAUAUCUCACUGUCCCUCACUCCUUCCUCCAUCCUUCCUCCCACUUCUUUGGCUGUAUCGCCAUCACUCCUCAUUGCUGGAUUUUUGUUUUGUUUUGUUUUUGUUUCUUUUUCAGCACUCGAGGAGGGGCGUGUUUGUCGUGCAGGGCCACCUAGAUGCCAGGGUGGAGGAGCGAGCGGGAGUGAUCGAUUGAAAAGGAAAGUGACUCCGGGCUAUGGAGCCACGUCCGAUCUGCUGUCAAUCAACGUCACUUCCUCCUCUAAGCCCCUCCUCUUCCUCUCAGCUGGGAAUCCCGUUAGAUUUGCUGCCACAUACGAUUUCUACAGACCACGCCCACUAUGUAUUUAACAGUUCAAUAUCGUGCAAAACUGGCUAGCCAUGACUUCUUUUGUUUUUAUAUUCAUGACUUUUAUUGAUUUUAAUUUAUCCUUAAUUUGUUUGCACAAUCGGGGUGCUGGUCUUAUAAGUGUAUUUUUUGCUCGAUUUUAUUUUUAGGACAAUUUUAAGAGGUUUUAAGUAUCGAAGCAGGGCAUAGUGUGUGUGAGGGCGYAUUUGUGCGUGCAUACGCAUGUCUGCAUUUUAGUACAAGAGUGUGCGAGUGGGUGUGUAAUCUAAAACAAAAAGGGGGAGAGGGAUGUUUCUCUAUCCGUAUGCACCUUUUACAGAUUGUAUCUAUUUAUUUAUUUAUUUUUUUCCAGAAGAGAAAAAAAAAGUGUGAGAAUGUUCGAGUGGUUUCUUGUGUAUUCUAAAAGCUUAUUUUAAGCCUAAAUUAAGGUAGCAUUACAAGUAUGUUGUUGGUGUGUGUGUGUGUGUGUGAGCGAGGGUGUGUGUUUGUGUUGUAAUGGGCCUCCUUAACACAGGGUUACCGUGGACAGGCAUGCUUCCAAAGCUUUGUGAUUUCUUUAGCACAGUUUGUACAUUUUUUAAAAAGAAAAACAAGCUGCAGGGUGAGAAGUCUCUCUCACUCUCUCUCUUCGAAUAUUAGCCAUCGCAAUUUUUUCCCUGCCACCAUUCAAGACGUAGUUCGUUCUGCAGCAAGAUCAGAGUGAGGGCUACAUUUCCAGCACUGACAUUAACCAGAACGUUUUUAUUUUUGAUGUUAAAUUACUGCUCUGAAUGACAGAAGCACCAAAAUUUCUACUGCCACAGUGAUGCCUUGUGACACAAAUCGGGGGGGAGAGGGUUUUGGCGGGAAACGAGUGCUCACUCUGGCUUUUAUCACUUUUCAUGCAACAUAACAUCCUUUGGCAAAAGUUGAAACUCCUCAUUAAUAAUUAGGGCUGGUGUACUAUUGCUGCAAAACAUCAAACCUCCUCGUCUUAGUCCUUUCUAUUUUAUUGUGGCGUUAAAGACAAAUUAUUUUGUUUUUAACAUUUACUGGUAGUAGCGACUGCUAGAAAUACAAGGAGGAAAUUUUCAGGAAAUUAUUGAUCACGUGGUUUAAAUUGGCUAUAAUUUAUAGAACUAUCCACUUUAAAGGACAGUUGUAUUAUGUGAGGCUUUUAUUUUUUUUAUUCUAAUGAAAACUUGGAGAKUUUUGCUAAUUCACUUAACAUAAGAGCACGGGAUGUCCACGCYACGGUACACUGGUUUCAGUAUUCCUGGUACUAUAACACCACUCAAUACAGUAUUUUUUUAGUAUUAUAUCAACAUGUACAUCAUUUAAAACUAAAUUAAUUGUCAUCAACUCCCUAGAAUGUUAUAAAAAAUAUUUUUUAACUUCCAAAUAAAUGUAGUUGUGUUGGAAGCGCUUUUGCCAUUUUUUAAGACACUUUUAUGACUCACUGUCCGUUUUAAAUGUUCAGAAAGCCCACACAGAAACCCCUAUUAGACAGGCCCGUACUCUUUAUUUUUCUUUAUUUUUUCUCUAUUGAGCUCAUAUUCCUCCAUAAAUCAGAGCAGGUCUGUGGCAGGGAGGAGUAUGCAUAAACACACUGCCAUAUACACUGCAUCCUGUGCCAGUAACCAACUUCUGUCAUUAUUAUGCAAUCUAAAUGUGAAUGUUGAGCGUUUCUUUUGUUGCUAUCCUUGUAGGUUCACAGUCACUUCAAUUCUACAGAAAAGCACCCACACAAAUAGAAAUAUUUAGUGUUUUUUGAAUUAUUCAAACUUAACAAAUGGGGAAGCUGGCACGUCCUGCAGCAAGUGGCUGAUGUUUGCUGGAAGUUUAGUCUAACCGUAUUUAAUGUUUAUUAUAUACAGUAUUAUAAAAUAGCUUGAGAUCUCCUGAUUGGUUUAAGCUGCAUGUGAUGGUAGGACCUGCAGAAUAUUAGGCUUAAACUCUCAAGGAUGUUCAUUAUAGACGUGCGAAAUAGAUUUCCUGUAUCCAAGCAACUGCAGUUAAAUCUGCCAGCCUAGCAUCCGCGAUUGUUCUCAAAGCGGAUCAUAAAACCACAAAAUGAAUGACAGCUAUCUGCACAUUAUCUGUCACCUUUUUUUGUACACUAAACCCCUGCAUAUCAGAAGUGCCACAGCAGGUUUGUGUUGUGCCCCUGAGAAAGAUCCAGAGCUUUGUGGCUUUUCCCCUCGUGUGAAGUUGAGCAGCCUUGCGAGUUUUUUUUUUUUUUUUUGGUUUUGUUUCCUUUAACGUGACUUCUUUGGUUUAGCAUGACUUUGGAGGUGUUGUGUUGUAGUAUAACGAAAYGUGUGGGUGUAAUCCUGCGCAAGAUAUGCAAAAACAAUGCAAUAACUAUGACUGUGUAUAAAGUUCCCGAAGAAAAUAUCCAUGUAAACGUAUUUAAAAGACACAUAAAGUCCUGAUGUUGUUAUUUUCUGUUUGUUGCUACUUCUUUUUUCUUUUUUCAAGUGAACUCAACGGUUCCACAACAUACUUGAAAUCAGGUACAUUACAGAGCAGUUUAGUAAAGAUGUAUUUAUUGGGAUGUUGGUCAAACGAUUACUGAGGCUGUGUGACCUACAUCUGGUGUUUUAUUUGUUGAUUCACACAAAAAUAGUUUGGCUUUUUUCUCAUCUCUGUCUCGAUACUUUUGACCGCAUUCCUUCAUCUUGUUUUGUUUCUGGUUUUUAUUCAGAACGUUUUGUCCUCUGGGGAUCUAGCAUCAGUAUUGAAAGCAGUUUAACUUUUGAAUCAGGCGUUCCUGAUGUUCCGCGUUUUUUUUUACAGUGUAGCUUUUUCUCCUCUUUAGUGUUACAGAUGAGUGUUCGGCAGUUGGAUGAUAUUUAGAUGUGACUUCCUGUUUAUUGUCUAGUCCUGAACCCCUGCGAAAGACUGAUAUGAUUAUCAAAAUGUGAUUUCUUGGCAAACAUGAUCUGAUUCUAGGAGUUUAAUAAUGAAGUGUGCUUUAAUAAWUGAUUUGGAGAGUACUUGCAAGUGAAAGCUGUGGAGCUGUUCCACUGGAAACCCAUGCCUUACACCUGUCUGUCUUUGUGUCGUAGCGUUUGUCAGGCCGGUGAGCUGCAGCUUCAUUUCCCCCUGCCUACAGCAAACCRAAAUAAAAUCCCUCCCUCUGCAGCRAAAACUGCAGCUUAAAGUAAUCUCUUCAAAUGACUGAAUGAUUUUCUGUAUCGGAUGGGAGGAACUCUUGAUUUGAUGAAGACUGUUAGAUGAAGAAUGUCUUUAAGUUCUAACACGGUGGAUUAAAUAUUUAAAGUGAUGUUUUACAUGCAUGGGUUGCUCUCUUUAGAGAUAUACAGUAUUGGUCCUAUAUAACUGAUAAUAUCUUUUGUCUCACCUCUAGCUAAUGAUUGUAUAUUUUUAUAUACUAUAUAUAUAUAUAUAAAUAUAAAUAUAUAUCAAAGUAUAAAAAUAGAUUAUUUAAUCAGCAGAAUGUUAGAAUAAGGAAAAGAGGACCUAUAUGGAAAGUGGAUUUGUUGAUGUGCUGACAGAGGGUCAGUAUGAAGUUGACUGUAUAUCUUUUUGCUGAAGGUAAAACAUUAUCUGCUGUAACCCAUAACCAGGUGGAUUUUAGAGCAUUUUGACAUCAUGUUGAUCAUUUGUAGCCUUCAGGCUUUAAUCCAUGCACUCAAAAAACAGAUGUGUUGGAUUUAGUAAAUGUAAAGCAAUUUUUACAUUUAAUUUACAAGUUAAUGUGAAGUAAAUGUGUUACAUUUACUCAGUUCAGUUGAUUGGAACAUGUUCAGAUAAUUGAAGUAAAUCCAACACGUGUUUUUGAGUGAAACUACUUUAAAACAUUGAACAGGCUAUCCCAGAUUUAUAGUCUAAAAUCAAUGUUGUAACAAACAAAUAAAAAGUAAUUUUUUCRUGACCAAUUUGAGUUUAAAUCUACGUUUAGCAUCAGACAGAUUGGAAACUGCUUCUGCUCGUUUCUGUUUUGUGCAGACGUCCCAGCGUACCCAGCGGCCCGUCGGCACAAGCCAGGGUCCGCUCACACUGUAGCACUGAGAGACCAUCAGCAAAACCCACGUCAUCUUUAAAAAUAAAAAGCCAAAAAGAAAAAAGAUUUUAAAAAAAACACCUCCAAAGUGUUCAAUUUUUGUUUGUUUCAAUUCAUUCAAAUUGUGUAGCUUCGAUGUUUCUUCUUCCAAGUGUGAAUUUGGAGGAUUUGAACUUCAUCUGUGAAUAGGAAUUUAAUUCAUCUGCCUUUUUAUGCAGACUAGAAAGCAAAAAAAAGAGUAGUUUAGUUUAUGGCCAGUUUAUUUUUGAAUUACUUCUUUUUUUAACUUAAAAGCACCAAACAAAUGGUCAGGAAUGUGGCUGUUUUGGUGCGUAUAAAAGAAAUGUGUGUUUUAGGUGUUUAUGCAAAAACAUGUUGGAUUUAGCCUGGAAAUGAGCGUUCAGAUGAACGUCUUGUGGCAAAAAUUGACACAAAUCUGAGUUAUUUCUUUGGACAGUGAAAAGAAACUGAUGGAAUGAUAGUUUUAAUGACAUUUGACCAUUUUUAAGCAUAAACUACUUUGCCAUUUCAGAAAGCUCCUCUCGUGACGACCUGUCGUUGCAGAAUUUGACGCUUUAUAUUUUCUUGUAGAUCAAAGUUUGUCGGUCUUGUUUAAUCCUGACACAAAUAUUURAAGAUGACUAUUUUGAGUAUAGAUUUUUUUAUCUUUUCUAGGAGUUCAGAUGAGGAAAUCGAGUUCAAAGCAUUGAUUCUCUUAAGAAAAAGGGAAACACUUUGGUUUUUCUGUCGUACAGAUGUUCUCAUCUUAAUGAUAAGGGCUUUCAGAAAGAGAACAGAACGUAAAUGAUGGAUUAUAUUACUGAAUAUAUGAACAAGUUUAUAGAGCACGUGUUUAUUUUAGAUAUGAAGUAAUGAAAAUCUAUAUGAAUUAUUAUAACCUGAUGAAGGGCAGUUUUGUUGGAGAAUUAUGGGGAUAUUUAUGAAAAGACUUAUGGAUGCUGCCAUUUUCUAUGCUUUUUUUUUUACGACAAGUUCACAUUUGUCUGUUUGUUGCUUGUAAAGAGUAGAAGUCCAGCUGCAUGAUGGAUGGUUUGAAAGCUUAAUCUGUAUAAGCGAUGACACACUGAAUUGUUUGCUUAAAUCACACAUUUAAUUAGUGUUUAGUAAUGAAAGCAGCUGUGUUUUCCAGUUUUUUUUUUUUUUUGGUGUGGGAAACUCACCCUGAGUGUUCACACGGCCGCAUGGUGUUUCUUUACUGAGCAUAUCAGAGGUCUGAGCUCUUCCUUUUCACUGGGACUGAUGGGAGGGAUUAGUGUUCCCAGUUAGAACUAAUAGAACCACAAGUCGCUCAUUGUGUAGCAGCAGACAUCAGCACCUUUGUGUGAACACUCUUUAAUUCGUCAUUAUGCAAAAGCGAUAUUAAACCCCAAAUAAGAUGAGACACCAUGAUUGAGUUAUAUUUUGUUUUUGUUUUUUUUAAGAGGGAAAUCCCCCAUCUAUUCAUGUGGAGUGUUUCUAACCGUGACUCUCUGUGGGAUCUAAUUCAGCAAAUUAGACUCGGGAGAUGCGGCAGCUGCUUUUGUGCAUCGGCGCAGGUUCUCCUCUUUCAACAGCUCGCCCUCGUGAGAACCCUGAAUGUCUCCACCCGCAUCUGCCUCAGCCUCUUCUCAUCUCACAGCACAAGAGCUAGUUCACGUUCCRUGAAUGAUAAUUAUCUCGACAAAGUCAAUUUCUUGAAUGUAGGACACGGCGAUGCUCUUGCUGAGGCCUGACAAAGGUUGAGGGUUUCCGUUUUUCCGCCCUUGUCAUUAUUUUAGCUGUUUUUUGUCCCUUUUUAGAGCACAAAUGAUUACAAAAUAAACAUGAGUGAGUAAAUGCAGCUUUAAAAAAUGACAACAUUAUCAUAUCAUAUGUUCAGACCAUAAAGUGUUUAAAGAAAGCUUUUUUUUUUUCUUCCUUUAAUGCCUGAGUGGAUGACGGAGUUGUGUGGUUCUGCUCUAAUCAUCAGUAGUGUCUUAUUGUUUUUGGCCACUACUCAUGCAAAGUGUUAAAAGGGCCAAUUUUUUUUGACAGGACUGAGCAGUUUGUGUUUCUUUAAAUCUUUAGUUUUGGUGGGAGGUGUUCACAGAGACCAAUUUGUUGUAAUAUUAGUAAUGGCGCUACUGUUAAAUGUACUAUUUAAUAACAGCACUAUUUAUGGUCUAAAUAAUGAAUUAAAGUGUGUUUAUUGUGCGUACGGUAGCUCUGGAGGCAGGUGGCCAUUUUCUGAGUUUUUAAAUGUAAGCCACUCCCCCUCCACUGCAGGGAGGGAUUUCAUUGGUUGUAAGGCUGCUAAGCGACACCGGCCCAACAUCAUUUGGUUUCCUCGGUUUUCGUUCUCCUUGGUGUGGUCAGGACUGCAUGUUCUCUCACACCCUUCUUUUUUUUGCCCCCCUCCCAUUUUAUUUUUUACAUUUCAUUUUAGAUUUUAGAAAGGGAAAGAAUACAAAUGAAAUAAAUCAGAAUAUUAUUAAUUCAAUCACUUUUUCUACUCCUAUUUUCCAUAAAAAGUGAAACAAAAAAUGCAAAAAAAAAAGUAUAUAUAUAAAUAUAUAUAUAAAAGUUAAUUUGUAAAUAAGUUCUGUACAGUUUGUAUCUGUAACUUGUCAGUCUGUCAUUGGUGACAGAGUCUGUCUUGCUUAUUACGCACGCUACCAGUAAAUAAAAAAAGGAAAAAGUAUAUUUAGACUGUAUGGUCCCUUGAGAGCAAGUUUUAAAUUAAUAUCUGAUGUAUAUUCCUGUAACAUUGCAUUUUUAUCUGAGGAAUGAUGUUAUUAAAAAACUGCAAAUAAA